CUUGCAGGGACUGGGUGCCCAAGGUUUUAAGAACAGCUUUUGACAGAAGUGGCAAGUUUUUACUCCUGGUACCACUAUAAAGGAUCAACUUCCUGGCUUGCAUCAGGAAAACAGUAAGCAAGUAUGCACCCCGACCUUUCGCCACACCUGCAUUCAGAGGAGUGUAACAUUCUCAUUGAACGUCUCAAGCAGUGCCAUAAAGAACAUAGCUUCAUGAAGUUUCUGGGAAAAUGUAAUGACAUAGACCGAGAGAUGAGACAUUGCUUAAGUGCAGAGCUGGAAUCCAAGAGAGCCAAAAGCAGAGCGCAUGCUGCAAGGAUACAAAAGCGACUUAGUGAGACUUCUGAGUGACUUUCCCCUUGAGAUGUGCAUCCAAACCUGGACUGUGAACUGAUUUCAAAACACUCUGGGGCACAGGACAUUCACAGAAGCUGCUGUCGUGUACCUUUCUUGUUUGCCAGCUCAUGAAAUGACUCCAAUUUUCAUUAAUUAUACCCAACUUCAUUGCUGUAUCCUCACUGGAUUGUUACAAUACUUGAGAGCUAAUGAUGAUUAAACUCUAUAAACUUUA